GUUCCUGGCAGUUCCUGCAUGGGUGACGGAAGGUUAAAAUUCGUGAAGCAUGCAUCCCGAGCGUCGACUGACUCGGGCGACGCUGCAGGCGGGGUGGAGCAGGCACAGACACCAUACACAGAUAGCAACGGAGCGCAGCGCAGGUACAGCAGGCGGCUACGGCCACGGUAUGGCGGGGACACAGGACACGAGCAGAAAAACAAAACAUGUUGAGGCGGAAAGUGUAUGUACGUGUGUGCCAUCACGCGCAGCAUGCACCAGGCAGGCCCGGCCACAUGCACGCAGCCUGGCCCCUCAUCUGCACGGAAGCUUCCACGGCGAAUCGAAGAGAACGCGGGCGGUUCACCGUCUUUCCUGUGCGCGAUGAAGAUGUGGAGGGGCUUGGCCUCGGCGGCUACAAAGGUGGUUCUAUCUACAGCCCGUUCGGACCCUGUACGUUGCGGGCGACUGGUGCCCUGGAGACGAUCCGGUCAGAUCAGAUCUGGUCGGGUCAUGCUUCCCCCUCAUCGUGACAUAGCCCACUCCCUUGCGUCUCUCCCUCUCGUUCCAUCUAAUAUUAAACGGGCAGGAAGCUCCUCUCUGCACGACCAGGCGCCGUGGUCCACAAGACCCAGUCUUCCGUCCGUAGCACGGCAUCGGCGCAAUCUGCGCCAUGCAGCAACGCGCCUGCUCAGCAGAUCACGCCCGCCCACAUCGAGCUGAACGCAUGACAGGCAUCUGGUUCGUCCAGAGUCGCACCUUGUCCGUGCCGACACAACAUGCUACCCCGCUUUCCCGGUGUUCCGUGGCGCUGCUGGUACGAGGCAUCGGAACGGCGAAGA